GGACGGUUGGAGAACAAUAUGCCCUGCUGUCUCGCUGACUUACAUUUCCUUCUCUCCCACGCAGACUGGCUAAUUUUAUCUUAUUAAAACCUUGUUUUGUUUUGUUUUGCUUUGUAGGAAGAGAAUUGUGCCCACAUCUCUCUGCAGAACCAUUUGGUUUUAUAAUUAAUAGAUUUAUCACUGUUGGCAACAAGGCAAGCAGAAGAAUGAAUUGAACUUCAAGAGAAUUACUUAAGAAUUGGCUACAGUGAUAUAACGGGGUAAUAACUGCUCCAAGGACCAGCCAUCCAGUAAGAAAAGAAAAGAUUUGGCUCCUUCUCUGCCAGUUUGUGCACUGGAUGGAUGGGCAUCAUGGCGAAUUACUACAAAAUCCUGGAUGUCCCACAGAGUGCCUCUAUGAACGAUAUCAAAAAAGCAUACCGGAGUAAGGUGCUCAGAUGGCACCCAGAUAAAAACCCAGAAAACAGGAAGGAAGCUGAGCAGAAGUUCAAGGAGAUUGUGGAAGCCUACAAAGUCCUUUCAGAUAAAAACACGCGUGACCACUAUGAUGGAAGCAGCAAGGACACUUUCAAAGAAACAAAGAAAGCAGAGGCUGAGAAACACCUAUCGGUGUUUGAUCAAGACGGCAUCAAAAUAUUUUUCACAGGAAAACGUUCCUCUUCAGAUUUUUCUGUAUCCUUCUUCAGUGCGCCCAAAAGAUUUCACCACUUUUCUAUCAUGACGGCCAUUGUCAAUGGCAGAAGAAUCACAACUAAAAGACAUCUUGAGAAUGAAAGCAAGUACUUGGAAGUUGAAGAGGACGGGAAGACGGUAUCUAUCCAUGUUAAUGGCAUUCCAGUUUAUGGCAGAGAAAUUAAUCAACCAACAGGAAACGACUGGGAUUACAGGCCAGACAGCAGGCACUUUUGCCCAAAUAAGUGGCGUGUUUGGACCUUGGAGAGGCGUCGGUGGGCAGAUGAAUGGCGGUGCUGGGCAAGCAAAUGGCGAGACUGGGCAGAGGAGUGCCGUCACUGGGUUGAAGGAGGGCAAACCCAGGAAAACAAAGGUUCCCCUGGGACCCAUGCCAGGCAUCACCAAACAGAUACCUCAAAGGGCAGAGAGCAGCACAUCAGACCAGAUAAGGGUGGCGGUCCCAAGACAGGGGGGAGGUCUUCUGAAUUCCCAAUGCCUGGGGCGGAAAAAUGUGAUCCGAAAGAGAGGUAUGCUAGGACAAAUAAGGGACAAGGCCAGCCGGAUGAGGGAAGUCCCAAAACAGAUAAAGAUUAUUUUGUGUUUCCUAAGCCAGGCGAGAUGAACUGUGGUAGGAUGGAUGAAGAUCCUCUGAAGACCAACAAGAGCCAGCACAGAGCAGAGGAGGGGCAUGCUGAGCAGGAAGGACACGGCAGAACUAAAAAAGCACAACCUAGGUCAGAGGGGGGACAGUCCAGGCAUGACAAGGUCCAUCACAGAUCAGAGAGGCCAAUGCAGGGGUCUCUGGAUUCCAUGAAACACAAGGCGGUUUUUGAAUGCAAAUCUCAGGCCGGAAACAGAGAAUCCUCUGUUAAAAAACAUGGGGAACAAUGUGCUGAGGAAAAUAAUCCCUGUGCUGGAAAAAGUUACAAGAUCCAAGAAAUGAAGGAUGAAAAACUGGAAUCCAAAAGCAAGAAAGGUGGGUCCACAUUAGAUUCUAAACUAGACAAGGGAACGGUAUUAAAUGGCACAAGGAGCAAGUCUACUGACAGUCAGCCAGAUCCCCAUGAAUUACUGACUUCCUAUAGUGCCAGGGGGCAUCCAGUGAAAAGAAAAGACCUGCAGAAUUGGACAAGAAAGCUACACAGGAAGAGGAGCAAGUCUCGUGGGAGAAGCAGGCCCUACACAAGCAGGAGCAAAUCUCAGAAAAAUAGGAUACUUGAUGAUCAACAGAAAGAAGAGUCUGAGAGGAAUGACAUAUCAGCUGGAAGUGGAAAGGCAUGGUUUGAGGAGGAGACAUCUGCAGAAUGUAAGGGUGCUCCAAAAAGUAGGAGAAAAGGCCCUCUUCCACCCCUCCAGGGGAGCGAAAGUCCUUUUCAGAGCAAGAAAAGAUUGCUCAGAAGGAGGACACGUCACCUCACCUUGAAAAACCUAAGUGACAAAUAUCAGCCUGCCUCUGAAACUAGUCAGCUCUUGGACAUCAAUGGGCAACAGCGAGAGAGACUGAUGAAAGUGCUUCAGCCAAGUGCACAGCUGCCACAUAUUCAAGCCCAGAAACUGGGAAUGAAUCAGAUGCCAAAGGUGAGUCGCUGACUUCUAGGAGUGAUUGAGCUAGCUUUCAGGCAAGCCAGUGCAGCGCCUGCCUCAUGGGCUGUGAUCGCUCCCAACAGUUCCCAUCAGGUAGUGCAGGGAAGAACCCCAUAUUUGCUAAGCUCGGAGAGAUAGGAGAUUUCUAAGACACCAUUUUCAGUUGGAAGCAGGAAUAUUUUCUCAAUAAAGACAGCAAUGUCACUUCUUGUCA